AUGGGAUACACCCACUACUACGGUGUCCGUAACACUCACAGCACAGAAUGGGUCACCGCAUGGCCCCAGCUGGUGCGGGAUGCUCAGCGUGUGGUCGACGCGACUGAUGUUCCCUUGUCCGGUCCAACCGACGACCCCCGGGACGACCAUGUCACGGUACCCCUGGUCGAUGAGAUCGAAGGCAUUGACAUCAACGGUGUUGCAAAGAUGUCGCAUGAGCCUCUAAUAAUCCAUCCCAAGAAUAUUCGUAGUUUCGAAUUCGUGAAAACGGCCGGCAAGCCGUAUGAAGCGGCGGUGGGCUGCAUCCUGCUGCGGGCACACGUCUUGGCCCCGAAACAGUUCCAUCUAAGAUCUGAUGGGUCCUGGGAUGAGAUGGAAUGGAAGUUGGCCCGUAAUCUGUACGAGUCUCUGUGGCCAGAGCAGCCCCUGACGCGGCAGUUCUAG